AUGACGCCUUUCACGGCCGGUCAGGAUUCUUCCCAGCCGAUAGCCGAAAUUGCUAGAAGUUUGCCCAAAUCUUCGGCUCCAUUUCCCAGCUCUGCCAGACGCUAUGAGAUUUCAUCCUUCAAUGGAGUGUCUUUUCAGCCGGCCUCUUUGCUCAAUGAACAUCGAAUGACUCCACCGAUGUGCCUACACCCCACCGACUCACUUUCCGCCACGACAGCACGCUCAUUCACUCCCUCCCGAACUGUACCAUCAUCAACCCUUUCCACUGCAUCAUCAGGUUCAACUUCUUCCAUUUCAACCAGCAUCUCUAGUGAUCCUAAUAAUCACGGCAAUAGAACAGGAAAACAGUCGAUGCGUGGAUCUUCCAUAAUUGCUUCGGAAGGCUGUAUUGCGAGGAGGAGUCGUCGCCGCAGUCGAAGGACUCUGUCGAGACGUUCCUCUCCGCGAGUGAGGUCCUUGGAGCCGGAACUAGCUCGAGGUGUACCGCUGCGUCACCUACAGAGGCAUAUUUCUGUCUCUUCUUCACCUUCACUUUCCACGUCAGAUUCGAAUUCUGCCCCGUCUAAUGAAUCUCCAUCUGCUAUGGAGGCGGAAGGCGAUAGAUUCUAUCUCAGAGGAUCUGGAAACGAACUACCAGGUCAUGAUCCUUCUCCAGAACGACAACAAACGACUUUUGAUGUUUCUCCACAUCGAAUUAAGGCACAAGCCUCCAAAGUCCAGGUUUCCUCCGCUUCCGGAGUCUUUAAUCGACCACCAUGUUCCGUCCCCGCCACUUUUGCGGCCCCUAUUAGGGCGCCCAAAGAGACUCCACCAAAGCCGAAAUUCAAUGACUCCAAAUCCACACUUCUAGCGACCUAUGGGGGUAUGCCUAGCUCACAUAACACCAUUUCUGAAGCAAUAGCAUCUGCUGUUGGCUUGGCUGACAGGCUGCGCUACUACCUAGCACAUGGUCAAGACACGAAGGCUCGUCUCCUCAUCACUGAGCUCCUCUCUCGACCUGAGUCUCGUGGACAAGUUGAGGAACUUGUUGCCUCAUUUGGCACUAACUUACAUGGACUACUUUGUUCCCAAGUAAGCAUUGUUUGA